GAGUAGAAAACCCGACAGAGAGCGGUGAGGUAGCAUUACUUUCUGUACACUACACAUGGGUGCACUUUUUUAAAACACGAAUAAAUCGCAACCUUUUAAUUUUUGCAUUCACGCUGACAGCAGAUGGACUAAGGACCGAGUAAGUUUUGAGAAGUGACCUAAAGAUAUAAUAAUCUUACGCUGAGUGUUUAUAAUCACGACAGUCAGAAUCUUAGAAUUAGAUCUACCUUGGCUCUCUUUUAGUGCACCUCUAAACUAUACCUGUGCUAUUUCAAAAGUGGGAGAACUUCGGAAAGCAGAAAGAGUUCGUGGAAAAAAGUUCUUUAAGAAAGUUCUUGAUAGGCGUUGUGUGACCGGAAGCACCUGCAUCAGCUGCAUAACUGCUGAAAUGGGCUCCAAGAAAAAGGGUCGAAAGAAGCGUCACCAUAAAAAGGUGACCACGCGACAUGCUCCUGUAGAAGAACCUGCCUCUGAGAACACUUGUUUAAGAAGAGCGAGUUCUGGAGGAGCUAGUUAUGUGGUUGUUAAUGAUGACAGCUCAUCCAGCUCAUCCGGCAAAAUGACGGAGUGUUGGGCGGAAAGUGAAACAAAGAGAAAAGACUCAGGCACGGAAUGUUCGAGAGAAAAUGAGUGCGUCGACUUUCCAGAAGAAAUAGCCAAUAAUGAAGCAAACAGUGGAACAAUGAGAUAUGAUUUAGGAGCAGAAUGUUCAAUAGAAAAUGAAUUGGUCGACAUUCUAAAAGAAAUUGCCACGAAAAAAGUAACAAGUGGAACAAUGAAAAAUGAUUCAGGAGCAGAAUGUUCGAGAGGAAAUGAGUUGGUCGACUUUCCAGAAGAAAUGGCCAAUAAUGAAGCAAACAGUGGAAGAAUGAGAGAUGAUUUAGGAGCAGAAUGUUCAAUAGAAAAUGAAUGGGUCGACAUUCUAAAAGAAAUUGCCACGAAAAAAGCAAACAGUGGAACAAUGAAAAAUGAUUCAGGAGCAGAAUGUUGGAGAGAAAAUGAGUGCAUCGACUUUCUCAAAGACAUGACCGAGAAUGAAGUAUACAGUGAAACAACGAAAAAAGAUUCAAGAGCAGAAUUUUCGGGAGAAAAAGAAAGUGUCGACUUUGCCGCAAAUAUUAUGACCGAGGAAGGGGUAAAUAAUGAAACGCUGAGAAAAGAUUCAGGUGCAGAAUGCUCGAGAGCAAAUGAGUGUGUGGAGUCUCUUGAAGAAUUGGCCGAGUACGAGGUAACUAGUGAAACACCGCGAAAAGGUUCAGGCCUAGAAAGUUCGAGAGAAAACACCAAAAUUACUUAUUCCGAUGUUUAUGGUGAAGACAGAUAUGACGAAGAAGAGGAGAUAGAAAGAAAGUUUGGAAAAACUGUUUACCGCAAAAGUGAAAUCGAUCACCGUAAAGAUGAGGUAGAUAUUAUGGCCUCUCCAUGUCUUUCUCCACCAUUCGGGGACAGGAGAUGGGUACAACACAAGAGGUGGGCUCCAAGAAAGGUCAUCACUGCUACAAGGGGUCCAGGCGUUCAGGAAGAUCUCGCUGUCCUUGGCGCCAAACUCGACGCGCUCCACUUCGCAAGAGAAAGAAGAGAACGACAAAAACGAAUAGUUGUAGGGAAAAGGCAGGAGAAUGAGAGGAAGACCGACACAGCGGGCGGACCUGUAGGGGCAGAAGAAGGAGGAGACAGUUUGGACGAGCAGCCGAUUGACAUGCGAAAAGGUCAUUACGUGGACGAAGGAAGGAAAGGAAACAAAGGGAAAGAAUUCAAACGGGAAGAAAAGAAAAGAAAACAAACAAAAAUGGUUGAAUUCACGGGGGAAGAAAUCACAAACAAAGUCUGCGUGUGUUGUGGGAAAAGAGGUGUGAUGCUCCCCUGUUCCCACUGUCUAUGGGCGGGCUACUGCGGACAACGCUGCCAGCAGCAGGACCACCAGGAUCAUGAGAAAAGUUGCAAGAACACGAUGAAGUUUGGAGCUGCUCUUCGGGAAUACCUUCUUGAUCGCCCUGAAGUGGAAAUUCCCGGAUGUUAUUCUCUGUGUGAUCUGAACCGCCUCUCUUCAGUGGUCGUCUCUCCAGGAGCCGUCAUCAGCAAGCACGUCAUCGCAGAGAUUGUCUGCCCGCACCAACACUCGUUCCGGCCCAGUGUCGUCAUUCAGGACAUCCACGGAGCUAUCACUUUCAUGGUGUUUUAUUCCGACACGGAAAUGUACACAUCGACAGAGCCUACGUACCCACAUCUACAGCCGGAAGUUCCGGUGGUUCCACUGAAAGAUUGCUUAGUACCUGGCAACUUCGUGGUCAUACAUCGGCCAAGCUGGCAUUACUUUUCAGAUACGACUGUAGGAUUUCGCAUUGACAACCUUACUGAUGUGCAUUUCAUAACACGAUAGGUUGUUUUUUUUUUGUACAUGUAUUCGAAGAUUCUUCGUAGAUCCACCAUAAAUCGUAAACCACAGAAUAGAUCAGGUUCGAGAUAGAAUUUUAACUAGCUGAGGUUCGAGUGUU